UGUCUACCUACAUACCCAAAUCUGCCUUCAUUCAUGCCUUGGAUCGGGCAUAGUAGUACGCUCUCUGAAAUGAUCAAAGUAGCAGUGAGAACAGUCGUUGAUCGUAGAGUUACGCAAUUAUUUUCAACGAAAAUUCCACUAGAGUGAGUGUUUUGAUAUUUUAGCGGUUAAUUUGUAAAAAUUUUAAAUCUCCCGGCAGAUAUGAGUUUUUGAUAUUUCCAACCCGGUUUUAUUUCGGAAGACGAUGUAUCUCGACAGUAUCAGAAUUCUAGUUCUUGUCAUUUCUUGUGUUCAAAGUACCAGAUUGCCUUUGGAGGUAUUCCAACGACAUCCGACAGAGCACCAUCACCACCACAGGUUAAAUAACCACAAUUUAGGAGGCACCUUCCACAGGAAGAAGAUCCCAGAAUACACCACCUUAAAGAUCCUGUACCAAGUCGGGGAAUCAGAGCAGGACUUGCCCCUGUGCAACGCGAGGUCGAUAUGCAAUAAAGUGGACUUAUACGACAACCCUUGGGUGGAAAGGCAAUGUAGAUGUGCCGAAGGGAAAACCUGCCCCUUAGGUAUCCAGACUGAUGACGGGUACACCUUCGUGGAAAAAACGAGGCAGUAUAAGCUAUGCGAGCCUAUCAAGAAAAUACCGAAAUGCAGGUAUUUCCGGGAUAUGACGUGGUCUAUAACGUUAUUUCCAAAUAACGUGACAGAUCAAGUGGUCCAUUGCCAUUGCCCGAAGAACUCUCUGACGUAUUUAAAUAAAAGAAAUGUCCUACACUUGCCUAACGAGGAGCUAGCGUUUCAGUAUUUAUUUUCCUGCUCGCCGCAAACGAGGCUCCGGUGCCAAAGAAAGGAACCCUGCAGAUUGUUUACCGUCCGAAAACGCCAAGAGUUUUUGGACGAAGUGAACGUAAACACGCUGUGUCAAUGCCCCCACGCGCACAGAUGUCCGCACCACCACACGGACUACGGAGUAAUCUCCGGCAAAAGCUACACGGAAGAGGCCAUCAAGACUUACAGUGGCUACUGCUUGCCCUCUUAAGACGUCGUCUUGGUAGAUGUCGCCCCUUUUUCUUUGUAUAUAUCUUGCCCGCUUGCUUUGCCUGGAUGCAACUCUGUGGUUGCGAUCGAGAGAUUUCGAAAGGUUAUCGAAUAUUCCGAAAAUAAUUGGUGUCUCUCAUCUCAUUCAGCAAACCAAACACGGAGCGAUUUGAUAUCGAGCCAUAUUUAUUUUGUUAUGUAUUUCCUCGCAACAACAGGUAUUCACCCAGUCAACGUGACUAUAAUGACCAUAUAUUCUAUAAAUUAAUUUAUAUUGUUUGGUUUAUCGAGUUCUGUAUAACUAAAUACAAUCAGUGACAGAAUAAAAUUCAUAACCAAACUGGAGUCGGACUCUCUUUUUAAUUUUGUCGUAUUUUCCAUUUUUUUGUCAAGAAAUUAAUUUUGUUUCGAUUUUGAUCAAGAAAAUCUUUAAUUCCAAAUAUUUUUUGUCGCAUAGAGUUUAAAUGAAGCAACUUAUUUAAAAAUUAAUCUCAAUGGACUGUAAAACGGAUUAUUUAUUUCCUUAGUACAAUAAUGAAGUUUCUUUGCUCAAUUUUGUGACGAACUUAAGGCUUUAAUUUAUUAAUUUUAUAUACCUGUGGAGGUUUUUAAGUGGUAGGUAUUUAUAACAUUGUAUCGUUUCCAUUUCUUUAAAUUACGUAUAACUUACGUUAUCACAAGGCCUAAUCGCAAAAACACACUGUAUCACAUCCGGGUAUAAUCGCAUAUAUUUUCUUAAGAGGGCUUUAUAGAAAAUAGGCAACCAGCAAUACAUUUUUAUACAUUUUAUUACACAGCUUCACGUGUCAAGUUUUCAG